CCUACUGCUUAAGAGAGAGGGGGAGAGAGAGAGAAGGAUUCUCUUAUGCUGGUUAGAGAGAGAGGAGGAGGAAGAGGGCUAGAGUCCAGUCAGAGAGCGAGAGAAGGCAAGGCAGGCCAUCAAGUGAUGGAACCUGUCUCGUGAAGUAGCAGGUGAGGUGAAGCCACAAAAUAUAAGAGAAGAGAAGAAAAGAGAAGCUUUCUCCUCUCCAUCUCUCUCUCCCUGCAAAAACCAAACAGGCAGCUCCCCCUCAAACUCUCCCGUUCCUUUUAUAUAUCACGAGAUCCCCCCAUCUCCUUCUUUUUUUCUUUCCUUUUCCUCUCAUGUCUUUCUUUGUUUUCCAACACUAAUCUCCAUUCGCUCACAUUUCUAACAUCAUCACAAACCCAGUUACAUAGACAACUCUAUUUAAGAAGAGAAUAAAAAAGAACUACUCUUGUUUUUGGUUUUAGUUAGAAGAAUUACUAUACAAAAACAUGCCGCAAUCAGCGAAACCCUCCAUUGGAGGAAAUUUGGACCUCAGCUCACUAACUGAUCAACUCCGUGACUCACUCUCUUCACUCGAAGCCAACAAGCCUGAUUUUCGUGAACUCGAUCUGGGCUCUCCCGUUUCACCUCUCCGAACUCGAGGUGGGCUCACCACCAAAACCACCGCCACAACCACAACGACGACCACCACCUCCUCCAGCUCCAGCUCCUCCGGAUCCGCAUCCGGUGCCCAAAACCCACUUCACAAACCCAACAAUAACAACCACUCAGGAGAGUUAUCGAACUCGAGUGAAAGCAGCCCCACGACUAGCGCCAAGAAGGGUCAACCGGGUCAUUCUAGAUCCGACUCUUUAACUUACUCAGGUCAAACUGGCAGCCAGAGUGCUGUAAACUCUCCGGUAACUGUUAAUGUGUUGCCUACCGGUAACAUCUGUCCGUCGGGCAGGAUCUUGAAGACAGGCAUGGGAAUGGUGAAUCGGAGUGCGAAACCGGAUGUUUUAGGAUCCGGGACUGCGAAUUAUGGUCACGGCAGCAUAAUGCGGGGCGGGGGGAGCGCAAAAUGUGCUAGCUCUGAUGUUGUUAAUACAGCAUAGAGGAAUGCUUGGAAUAUGCGUGGAGGGAGUGUGGAUCCGGAGGAGGUGAAGAAGGCUGGAAAUGAGAUGUAUAAAAAAGGGUGUUUUGCGGAGGCGCUGGGAUUGUAUGAUAAGGCUAUUGCUUUAGCACCAGGGAAUGCUGCUUACAGGAGUAAUAGGGCGGCUGCGUUGAUGGGAUUGGGAAGAGUUGUGGAGGCUGUGAAAGAGGGUGAGGAGGCUGUUCGGCUGGAUCCUAAUUAUUGGAGAGCACAUCAGAGGUUGGGGGCUUUGUUAAUUAGGUUAGGACAGGUUGAUAGUGCUAAGAAGCACCUAUGCUUCCCAGGGCAGCAUCCAGAUUCUGCCGAGUUGCAUAAGUUGCAAUUAGUAGAGAAACAUCUUAAUAAAUGUUCAGAUGCCCGGAAGGUUAAUGAUUGGAAAGGUGCAUUAAGGGAAGCUGAUGCUGCUAUUGCUGCUGGAGCUGAUUAUUGCCUCCAGCUCUUUAUGUGUAGAACUGAAGCUCUUUUGAAGCUCCACCAACUUGAAGAUGCUCAAUAUUGCUUAUCAAAAGUUCCAAAACUAGAAUCAUUUGCCAACUACUCUCAGACUAGAUUUUUUGGGAUGCUUUCUGAAGCUUACCCUUUCUUGGUUCGAGCACAGAUUGAGAUGGCUUUAGGAAGGUUUGAGAAUGGAGUUGCAGCUGCUGAGAAAGCUGGACAGAUUGAUCCACGAAAUGUUGAAGUAGCAGUGCUGCUUAACAAUGUGCGAUUAGUAGCCAGAGCUCGUAUCCGUGGCAAUGAUCUCUUCAAAUCAGAAAGGUUCACUGAAGCCUGCUCAGCAUAUGGGGAAGGCCUUAGGCUUGAUCCUUCAAACUCUGUUCUUUAUUGCAACAGAGCAGCAUGUUGGUUUAAGCGUGGACUGUGGGAGAGAUCCAUUGAUGACUGCAAUCAAGCUUUAAGUAUCCAACCUAACUACACAAAAGCACUUCUUAGAAGAGCUGCCUCAAACAGCAAGUUAGAAAGGUGGGCUGAUGCUGUGAGAGAUUAUGAGGUUUUGAGGAGGGAACUUCCAGAUGACAAUGGAGUUGCUGAAUCUCUGUUUCAUGCUCAAGUCGCAUUGAAGAAAUCUCGUGGAGAAGAAGUGUAUAAUAUGAAGUUUGGUGGUGGAGUAGAGGAAGUCUUGGGCCUUGAACAGUUUAGAGCUGCGAUAUCAUUACCAGGUGUUUCUGUGGUUCAUUUCAAAUCCUCCUCUAAUGUGCACUGCAAGCAAUUAUCUCCGUUUGUGGAUACAUUAUGUGUUCGGUAUCCAUCUCUAAACUUUCUCAAGGUGGAUGUAGAGGAGAAUUCAGCAACUGCAAAUGCUGAGAAUGUGAGGAUUGUUCCAACAUUCAAGAUAUACAAAAACGGUAACCGAGUGAAGGAGAUUGUCUGCCCCAGUCAUGAUAUGUUGGAACAUUCGGUGAGGCAUUACAGCUUUUAGAACUCAUGAUUGUACUUGUACCAUUACUCUCCCAGUUUUUUACAUCUACUUGCUACGCAAACCCCCUGUUAGAUGGGACCUCCUCACUGCCCUUCCAGUCUUUCUCCCACCAUAUAAGGACUUACCAGAUACUUGUGACAUAAACCUUCCAGUCUCUUUCUCCCACCAUAUAAGGACUACCAUCUACCUAUGACAUAAAUCAGAGCUACAUAAUAAUCCUAUUAGCGGCCAAUGCCAGAAGGAACCCAGAGAGAUAGCUCAGUUCACCUUUUGCUGUUUUAAUUUAUUCAUUCAUUCCUCAUUGCUCUGCAGUUUCAUGUUCUUCCUCCGGUCUCUCUCUCUUGUUAUUCUUUCUUUUCAUCUUCUUAUCACUUUUUUGUUCUCUUGUAGACCAGCCUGUUCUUGUACCCCCAUUUCCAUUUAGAUGAAAAGGAGGAAAAGAAUGAGAGAAUGAGAGAAAUGUGUACAAUUGAUUAAGUUGUCUCCUUCUUCAUAGAGAGAGAGGGAGGGGGGCUGGCAGGCUGGUAGAGGAGGAUCUUGUACAUUUUAUGUGAUAUAUACAGAAACAUUGGGAGGGAGAUUGGAUGCCUGGUGGGUAGUUAUUGGGUUAGUGAAAGAAGGAUGAAUAUGUUGUUUAUUAAUAUUGUUACUUUUUCCAGCCAUUUUAUCAAUCAAUAAAAAUUUCUCCCAUUUUUUCCCCUC